AUAAAUAAAUAAAAAAAUUAUCCAGGUUUCUCAUAACUGGAAUACAAGCUUUUUGGGUUAUAGUAAAUGGGAUAUGAAGUUUAUAUGCGUCAAAUCAAAAACAGAAUACUUGAGUAUCCCAAAUAAUAAUGGAAUAUUGGUGUGCAUGGAAACGUAGUCAGUAUGAGCCUGGUUCAUUUUCAGUAAUGAGGCCCUGUACCCCAUUUACAGUUUAUACUUCAAUGUAUCAGGUGGAGUUAUUCAGCAGCUAUAGAGUGAGUUGUUGUUUAUGUUUCUAAGACUGCAGGGUGGGAGAUGCAACAAUGGCCUUGAGAACAGCAGGAAGUGUGUUGGUGGUCUUUCUCUGGUCUGUAGCAGUGGUACUCGGGCAGUAUGGAGGGAGUGUGACCUACACCAAGAAUAGUAUCUGUGCCUUGAAGGGGUCAACUGUGGAGCUGUCCUGCUCUUACACAUAUCCCAGAGGUCAUAGAGUCACAACAAUUGGAUGGUCUUAUUGGAAUAGUGGUGCGGGUCGAUUUGUUGAAAUCCAAUCUAAUAAUGAGGGUCGUGUGGAGUACCGUCAGACAACAGAGAAGGACUCUACCCUGAGAAUCACAGACCUGAGACAGAGUGACAAAGAUACAUAUUACUUCAGAUAUAAAACAGACAAGUCCGAUUGGAAAACUGCCCAACGUGGAGUCACUCUCUCUGUCACUGAACUGCAGGUGGAGGUGACAGGACAAUGGAAUGUGAAAACACUGACCUGUAGAACCAGCUGCAGCCUGCCUGGUAACCCCACCUACGUCUGGUACAAGAACAGACAAUAUCUAGAUGAGAGAACUUCCUCUAUAUACUCUAACUAUGUCUACAGUAAGGAUGCAGGCAGCUACUCCUGUGCUGUAAAAGGCCAUGAGGAUCUCCACUCUCCUGCAGUCUGUGUUCAUAAUUCAAACUGCUGGAGUGUGACUUACACCAAGAGGAGAAUCUGUGUCUUGAAGGGCUCCACAGUGGACAUAUCCUGCUCUUACACUCAUCCCACUAGUUAUAUAGAACAAGGUUCAUUCUGGUUUACACAGAAACACCCUGUAGAUGUCAGGUCAUAUCCAGAGUCUGCAGGUCGUGUGCAGUACAAUAGGAACACAGAGAACCACCACACCAUGACAAUAACACACCUGACAGAGAAGGACUCGGCUGAAUACAUAUUCAGAUUAAUAACAACAGAUGAGGGGAGAUUUUCUGGUCUUCCUGGUGUGAUGUUGACUGUCACAGAUAUCCUGUUGGAGAUGGAUCCUACGUCUGUGUCAGAGGGGGAGAGAGUCACACUGAGAUGUAGAACCAAAUGUACAGUCGGUCUCAACCCCACAUACAUCUGGUACAAGAACAGACAACGUCUGACCAACACAAUCACCAGUUAUAACAGUCUGAUCCUAGAACCAAUCAGCAGUGAGGAUGCAGGGAACUACUCCUGUGCUGUAGAAGGCUUUGAGAGAAUCCUCUCUACAGAAGAGACUCUCACUGUCAGAUAUGGUCCAAGGAACACCUCAGUGUCAGUCAGUCCCUCUGGUGAAAUAGUGGAGGGCAGUUCAGUGACUCUGACCUGCAGCAGUGAUGCCAACCCACCUGUGGACAAAUACACCUGGUACAAGAAGAAUGGAGGUCACUAUCAGAGUAUCUCCAAUCAGAACACAGGACCACAUCAUACCUUCAAUCAAAUCAAGUCAUCUGAUACUGGGGAGUACUACUGCGAGGCCCAGAAUGAGUUGGGGACAGACAGGCCUGAGUCUAUCAACAUGGAUGUGAAAUAUGGCCCAAAGAACACCUCAGUGUCAGUUAGUCCCUCUGGUGAAGUAGUGGAGGGCAGUUCAGUGACUCUGACCUGCAGCAGUGAUGCCAACCCACCUGUGGACAAAUACACCUGGUACAAGAAGAAUGGAGGUCACUAUCAGAGUAUCUCCAAUCAGAACACAGGACCACAUCAUACCUUCAAUCAAAUCAAGUCAUCUGAUACUGGGGAGUACUACUGCGAGGCCCAGAAUGAGUUGGGGACAGACAGCCCUGAGUCUAUCAACAUGGAUGUGAAAUAUGGCCCAAAGAACACCUCAGUGUCAGUCAGUCCCUCUGGUGAAAUAGUGGAGGGCAGUUCAGUGACUCUGACCUGCAGCAGUGAUGCCAACCCACCUGUGGACAAAUACACCUGGUACAAGAAGAACUUAACCUCACCAAAAGCAUCAGGACAGAGUUACAGCAUCACUAACAUCAUCUCUGAGGACAGAGGAGACUAUUACUGUGAGGCCCAGAAUGGAAGAGGAUCUAUGAACUCUACAGCUCUGAUGAUCAUUGUAGCAGGGAAACAGACCUCAGUUCUGACUGCAGCUGUAGGAAUCAUAGUGGUUGUUCUGGUUCUCAUCCUCUGUCUCUCUGGACUCAUGUGGUUCAGGAAGAAGGCCUCCAAACCCACCUCCAACACAGGAGACACAUCAGAAAAUGAACAGGUGAGUCUGUUGGAAUCAGAAGGUGACUAUGAUGACUGUGUAUUGCUCUGUGGAACAUUUCCACUCCGCAUGUUGUCUGUCCUCUCUCUCCAUCAGGGAGACUCUAGUCCAGUGUAUGACAACAUCUCAGGCAUGGCCAUGACCCCUACUGCAGCACAGACAGUGGCCACAGAUGACCAGGAUGACAUUCACUAUGCCAGCGUCCCCUUCCAGGAAGUCCUUCUGUACUCGACCGUCCAACAGUCUCAAGCCCAGGAACAGGACGAGGAUAUCCAGUACGCUACUCUGAAAUUCAACCUCCUGAGUGAUGCCACCUGCCCCACAGCAGCAGACCCUGGUGCUGCUGAGGAGGACUCCUCUGUUCUCUACAGCACAGUCAACAAAUCCAGAACCAAGAAGACCUGAGCAUUACAAUACCAGAACCAAGUAGACCUGAACACAAGAAACCCAGAACAAAGUGAACUUGAACACAACAAACCCAGAACAAAGUGAACUUGAACACAACAAACCCAGAACAAAGUGGACCUGAACACAACAAACCCAGUACAAAGUGGACCUGAACACAACAAACCCAGAACAAAGUGGACCUGAACACAACAAACCCAGAACAAAGUGGACCUGACCACAACAAACCCACAACCAAGAGGACCUGACCACAACAAACCCAGAACAAAGUGGACCUGAACACAACAAACCCAGAACCAAGAAGACCUGAACACAACAAACGCAGAAAGAAGAAGACCUGAACAGAACAAGUUUGACAAUAACCUUGUGUAUCUGGACCUGUAUAUCUAAACUAAGUGAUAUAAUGCCUGUGGAGGUGUGGAAUAUUGACCAUUAUAAACUGGGUGGUUUGAGCUCUGAAUGCUGAUUGGCUGAAAGGUGUGGUAUAACAUGGGUAUGACAGAAAAUGACUAUUUACUGGUCUAAUUACGUUGGUCACCAGUUUAUAGAAGCAAUAAAGUAUUUUUCUCUUCUGAAAUGCUGUUUCAGCCAAUCAGCAUCGAAAAAAACACAUUUCCCAGUUUAUAAUAGUAUAUAAUAAUAUACGCCAUCUACCAGACACUUUUAUUCAAAUUCAUUCACUCAGUCAUUACAGUCAUUCCAGUCAUGUUUGACUACAUGUUUCAUAUGGAGAUCCCAGCAGAGGUCCCAUAUGGAGGUCCCAGCAGAGGUCCCAUAUGGAGGUCCCAGCAGAGGUCCCAUAUGGAGGUCCCAGCAGAGGUCCCAUAUGGAGGUCCCAGCAGGAAUGGAACCCAGGAGCCAUGCUGUAUAAACUGAGCCACACAGGACGACUCUAUUCAACCAAACAAAACAAUCACCAGACGUGUGAGAUAUGAAGUCUAACAACAAUAGAUAUUCUGUUUCUAUUAUUUGUAUUACUUCAUAUGGUCCUAUUAGAUGAUACGCAAAGUAUACGUUUGCUUAAUUUUUUUUUAGAUAUACAUACUUUUUUUAAGACAAAGUUCUGGCACAUUUUUGCCUCAAUGUCCAGGAAAGAGUUCUGCUUGAUGCAACGUUUCCAAUUGCUUUUAUCCAAUGUUUUUUGCUGUUGUAAACUACUGUGUGAGGUGUGACAUUUUGAAAAGCUUUCAAAAUCACGCCUCUUGUACUACACAGUAUAUGCUGUGACAUUUACAGUACAUUGGGUUUGUAUGGCAAUAGUGUUUUUUCAUCUUCAUCAUCAUCAUCAUCAUGUCUGUAAAAAAUAUACACAGACACUUUCAGAAGGAGCAAUGUCCAGCACCUAGACACACAACCAGUUACAUUAAAUAUUAUUCAUUGUCAUUUUUAAAACGCACAGACACAAUAUAACAUAACAUGGAUGUUUGGAGUUUGGAGGGUAAUUCAGUCAGAGAGGGCAUUCCAUUCCAGAACACAGAGAUGGAACAUUCUGGAAUGUUCUAUUAUUGAUAAUAAUACAUCUCACAGUUAACACAUUCAGACCAGGCAUUGAGAGUAAAGCUUGAUGUAAAGCCUUUAUAACAGUCCACCAUUUUGUCCAACUAGUAGUUAGAGAAUAUAAUGCAUCAUUGUUUAGUGAGAAUAAAAUACAUCAUUGUUUAGUGAGAAUAAAAUACAUCAUUGUUUAGUGAGAAUGGGAUGUCAUAUAGAAUGAGUGUUAUGGCCUCCAACAUGGCGUGGCUCUUAACCCCCUAACUGUUGUCUGACCUUCCCAGGUAGGUGUCUCUCUUUGGGGACAGAGAGGGCCUAGGGGUGGAUGGGAAAGUGGAUAUCCCAUGGAGAAGUACCUUUUACCCCCCUGACAGCCUCACUGAGUCUGUUUUUUUUGAUAGAGCUAGGGGGACGGGGCAGUGGGGGUCAAUAUGGGCGUCCCUUCUGUUAGGCCACACCCACAGGAAGUGUCACUAAAUGACAUUGUCGAACAGAUGCAUCCUGGACGGGAGGCAGGAAGGGACAAAAAGCACAAAGGAUAAGAAGCAGAAGUUAGAAGAAAACAUAGAAGUUUUAAACAGUAGAAUAGCAGAAGCAGGUUCUUAAAGUAACGGCCAAUGAAAUUCUCACUUUUAAAAGUUCAUAUUCUGUUAUCUCAUACCCAAAUAAAGCUGUUGACUUGUCCUAUA